AUGGCGACGGCGGCUCAACACCGCGUGUUCGCUCCCCGCGUCUCGCGAGCGUCCCCCGCGCGCCGCCGCGCGCAUCGCGUCGUGGCGGCGCGCGCGGCAGCCCCCGCGGCCCCCACCGGCGCGUGGAACCUCGACGGCUGUCCGGAUGGCAUCAUCCUUUCCCUCGCCCGCCGUCUCGAGGCCGAGUGGACGCGCCUGCCGAACGUGCGCGACGCGCCGUGCGCCCCGGAGCUGAAAUCCGUGGACGCCACCGCCCCCGACGGCGAUCCCGCGACGCGCAUACGCAUCGAGAACCUCUGCCUGCAGACGGACGCCUUCCGCAAGAUGCACCUCGAGGUGGCCUGGGGCUUGGGAGGGCUCGAGGUGCUGCACUGCGUGAUAUAUCCGUGGGCGGAGGUUGCCGCGCCGAUAUUCGCGGCGGACCUGGUGGCGUUCGGCGGAAGGGUCACGCUGUGCAUCGCGGACGCGUCGCCGUGCGCCGACGACCUCUCGCUGCCGAGGCAAUACGUCGACGCCGCGCGCGCGCUGAGGCGAUCCAUGCUGACGUCGUGCCCGGCCGUCGAGCCGAGGCCCCUGCCGGACUGGGGUGUCGCGAUCCUCUCCCCGGAGGCGUGCGUGUGCGUGGGGCCGCCGAAGGAGGAUUUCCCGGCGCAGACGCAGACGAGGGCGUUCGUCAAGUACCUCGAGUCUCUUCACGGCGUGCAUCUCCUGUUGGCGACCAAGAUUGGCGGGGGAUACGGGGGCGGCACGGGCGCUCGGUCUCGGGCGCAGCGAAGGUUCUGCGAGAAGCAGCUGCUGAACGACAAGACCAAGCGGGUACUCGAGCGGAGCAUGGGUGCCGCGCUGACGGAUCGGUACAUGAGGGAGGUUUUGUUCGACGUCACCGCCAACACGCCGACGGGAAAGGACGCGAGGUCUUUGGGAUUGCCGACCAAAAGGUUCUUAUGACAGACACGUUAAUUACAUGGCGUAAACGUGGACGCGGUGCGGAAGCGGCCCCUCCGGUGCCCGUCAGUUCGAGGACAGGAUAGCCCGUCCCUCCGCCUUCGAGCGCUCGCCGGUGAGCGCGCUGAGGAUGGUCCGGUUCGCCCGAUACGUAUUGGCUGCCGACUCCACC